UUUCAAAUCCAUCAAAACAUUUCAUCAAAAUCAAAUAUCAGUUCAAAAUGGCGAAUUAUCAGACUAAAUAUGGUACAACGCCCCAAGACAUAGAUGAGUAUGGGAACCCGAUUCAACAGGGUACUACCGGAGGCUUAGGUGGUGCCACCACUGGUACUGCGUACGGGGCAACAGGAGGGCAGCAACAACAAGAGAGAGGUACUGGCAUGACUGGAAGUGGUUACGGGACUACUGAUGCCCCGUACACAGGAGGGCAGCAACAACAAGAGCGAGGGAUGAUGGACAAGAUCAAGGAAAAGAUUCCAGGAACUGGUGGUGGACGUAGGGAUGACGACCCCUACUCAUCGAAUGCCCAGACCGGUACUGGGAUGACUGGAACUGGGUACGGUACUACUGACGCCCCGUACACUGGAGGGGAGUACGAAGAAAGGGGGAUGAUGGACAAGGUCAAGGACAAGAUGCCGGGGACUGGGCAGAGGGAUGAAACCCACUCAUCUCAGACGACCACCACCACACCUUACGGUGGCACCACCGGAGAGCACCAGGAAAAGAAGGGCGCCAUGGACAAGAUCAAAGAAAAGCUUCCUGGUGGACGCCAUUAAAUAUAUAUACGUGUGCGUGCGCAUAUGUAUUCUAGGGUCUUUUGAUGUGCUAAUAACCGGUGCUUGGUGUGAUUGUGUGAACGUAAUUUCUUUCUUACGUGCGCGAGCGAGCACUCCGCAGUGUCAGUGUGUGUUUUGUAAUCGGUACCUUGUGGUUUUAUCAAUAGAGCAAUAGUAUUCUGGUUUCUGUA